AUGGCACCAACGGCAGUGACUCAAGAACCACAAGAAUUACAAGAAACAAUCAAAAAAUUAGCUUCUUUAAACCCAAUUGGUCAUUCCAAUAAUAAAUCAGCAGUUAUUACUGGAUUUGAUCCUAAUUGGGGUGAAAAAUUGCCUGAAACCACGAAACAAAGAUUUACCAAAUAUGGUAUUGAUAUUUCUCAAGGAUAUCCUUAUAUUCCACAAAAUACUAAAAUCCCAAAAUUUUUAGAUGAAGCUUAUGCUAUUAGAGAUGAAGAAUAUCCUUAUAUUGAAAGAGGUACAAAUGCUGACCCGGAAAAAAAACUGUUAUUUGAAGCUGCUGAAGAUAUCAUUCAUUUAACUCCUUAUAUUGGUACAGAAAUUGUUGGAUUACAAUUGAGUGAAUUAACUGAUAAACAAAAGGAUGAAUUGGCAUUAUUGAUUGCUGAAAGAGUAGUAGUUUUUUUCAAAGAUCAAGAUUUAUCACCACAAAAACAACUUGAAUUAGGUCAUUAUUGGGGUCAAGUUGAAGUUCAUCCUCAAGCCGCAAGAGUUGGCCCUGAAUUUGAUGGGGUUACGGUUAUUUGGCAACAUUAUGCUAAAGAAAGAAGAUCAAUCAAUUUGACUUUUAAACAAUCUAAAAAGGGGAAUUCGGUUUGGCAUAGUGAUUUAGUUCAUGAAAAACAAACUGCUGGUAUUACUCAUUUACAUCUUGAUGCUAUCCCGGGAAUUGGUGGUGAAACUUUAUGGAGCUCUACUUAUGGUGCUUAUGAUAAAUUAUCUCCGGGUUUGCAAAGAUUCUUAGAUGGUAAAACUGCCAUUUAUAGAUCUGCUCAUCAAUAUUUGGAUAGAAAUGAUCCUUUGAAAGGUCCUAAAUAUGUUGAAAGAGAACAUCCAAUAGUUAGAACUCAUCCGGUAACUGGUUGGAAGUAUUUAUUUGUUAAUCGUGGUAUGACAGUUAGAAUUGUUGGAUUAUUACCAGAAGAAUCAGAUUUGAUUUUGAAUUAUUUAUUUUCAAUAAUUGAAACCAAUAGAGAUAUUCAAGUUAGAUGGUCAUGGCAAAAGGAAUUGGGUAGUGUCAAAAAGAAUAACAACCAAGAUGAACAACCAAAACAAUACCGUGGUGUUAGUGCCUUAUGGGAUAAUAGAAUUAGUAACCAUAGUGUUGUCCAUAGUGAAGAAUCAAUUAUUGGUAGACAUGGUACUAGAGUCACUUCAUUAGCUGAUACUGGUUAUUAUAAUCCAAAUUCAAAAUCUCAAAGAGAAUCUUUGGGUUUGUCUUUGGAUUAA